UUUUUUUUAUUAAAUCCCGUUAUUUACUUAUUCUAUCCUGUUUUCGUGACUUAAAAUACAAACAGUUAAUGCAAAUGUUGCAGAAGACAUUGUGUUAAACACUUUAAAUUAUGGAGUAUCAUUAUCCUGAUUUGUGUGUGCCAGCUGAGCAUCUUUUACCUGACCCUUAUGCUGCAGAGUUUUCCCCUCAAUACCUGUUGCCGACACAACCAGCAGAGUAUGAAGUUCGUAGUAGUGUGCUUGUGGAUGGUGGAGACAGAUUUGGUGUAUCUGCAGUAGUUUUUGACAAAUUUGAGGAGCUGAUAUGGAUGGGCAAUCAGGGUGGUCAUGUAACAUCAUAUUAUGGCCCAAGUAUGCAGAAAUAUACAUCAUUCCAAAUACACGAGUCAGAGGAGGUGAGAGAUAUUAUAACUGUGGAGCAAGGGAUCUUUGCCUUGACAAAAACUACACUACGUAAUCAGAUACGGCGAGGAAUUCCAAAGCAUACAUUUAGGUCCAAUAAUAUGACAGAUAUGCAGUGCCUGUUUCAAGUCAAUUCCACAAAACUCUUAAUGGGUGGACAUCAAAACAAAUUGAUUGAUAUAGAUCUAAAUAAAAUGUCGGAGAGUGUUAUUCCCAUACAAGAAGAAAGCUGCGCCGUCCUUCGCAGCGGAGGAGGCUCCUCAGUUGCUUGUGGCAGUGCCAAUGGUAUGGUUGCUUUACGGGACCUCCGGACCCCUGGAACUGCCGAACACACUUUCAGAGCUCACAAUGCUUGCCUAUCCGACUUGGACAUGCAAGGCGACUUGCUUAUAACGUGCGGUUUUACACAGUCAGUGGGCGGAGUAGCGGUAGCAGAAUCCUACAUAAUAGUCUGGGAUGUACGUUGUCUCCGCGGCACUAAUAUAAACACGGAAUCCGCUUGGUCUGUGCAAACGGCAUCGCCACCGCUCUUGUUACAUUUCCUGCCAGCCUUCUCCGGUAGAGCGGUCGCGCUGUCUGGCGACGGCCAUGUAGCAUUGUUACAUGUAAAUGCACCAGAAGAAUCGCAAUCUGUGUUUCAGGUGGAUACUCACAGUUCCCUAUGCAGUGUCAUGGACGUGGCAUCGACCAGUCAAGCUUUAGUAUUUGGAGAUCAAACAGGACAUUUGCAUUUGUUCUCGCCACAGCACAAUCAGGAGCCUGUCUUUAAUAAUUUUUCCAGAGCAACAGAAUUUGCAGACCAAGUUCCAAGUUUGCCAUAUGCCGGCUUCAGUGAUACCACAUUCCAAUUUUCAUCAGUACCUUUGCCCUCAUUGGCUUCUGGCAACAAAUGGUUCAAUGCACUGCCCGCGGAAUUCUUUAAGAAAGUUUAUAGGAAACCAAAGCCGAUAGAUCCUGAAGUAUUGAAAACAAUGAAAAUGCAAGGCCCUAUCGGGUAUGCCCCAAACCCUAAAACAUUGAAAAGAAAUCAGGUUCCAUAUAUUGAGGAUAAUCUUGAGGAUUUGAACACGGCAAAGCUUAAUGAAAACAAGAUGACUAAUCAACCGGUCCCCAAACACUAUCAGAAGAUGGAUUUACGCCACAAUAAACACGGGGCGAAUGACGAUUUGGAGAUUUGUAACAAAACUGGAUUCCCAAGCUUGGAAGCUACAAUACCCAAUUCUUAUUGUAAUUCCAUGCUCCAGGUACUAUAUUACAUGCCGCCUGUGAAAGCUGCGUUGCUGGCACAUUCAUGCGGGAAAGAGUUUUGUUUAAGCUGUCAGUUAGGUUUCCUGUUUAGGAUGUUGGAUACGUCAGGCGGGGUCCCAUGCCAGGCCACCAACUUUCUCCGUGCGUUUCGUACUAUACCUGAAGCGGCUGCUCUUGGCCUCAUUCUACCUGAUCGCGGAUCAGAUCUCAGAGUGGAUCUAGUGGCGUUGAUACAGAGUUGGAAUCGAUUUAUUCUCCACCAAAUCCACUACGAGUUGCUAGAGGUUCGAAAGAAAGAGAAAGCGCUAUUAGUACAAAAUGCGAAUAGUCCGCCCAAAGCGCGUCUCGCAAACGUGACCAAAAUGAGACCGCAGAAUGGUCAGUACGAAGAGUAUCAUUAUACAGAGUUGGAGUUCCUGGGCCCAUCGGCGGAAUUUGAACAGAACCCCGAACGAGAGGAGGGCUGGCAAACUAUUGAGCGAAACGACGGUGUUAGUGAUGGACAAGUGCAGAAUAACGAGAACCACGAGUUGUCUAAUAACAAACAGUCAGAACGUGACGAAUCGGAAAUAUCACAGCUAUUCGCCAUAGGGCGGCACCAGCUCAACAGGUGUCUCAAGUGUAAUAAAGAGGAAGAACGCGAGUCGGUGGUACUAGCGUGCGCGCUUCAGUACCCCAGCGUGGUGGCGCGUGACGCUAGCAGCGGCGCGGGCGCUGCCGCGGCGGCAGGCGAGGCGCGCGGCGGCUUCGUGGAGUUGGUGCGAGCGUCGCUAGCCGCACGCCGCAGUACGCCCGCUUGGUGCGAACAAUGCGCUCGGUUCACCCCCACUACGCUUCGCGGCCGCAUCGUGAGGUUACCACCGAUUUUGGCUAUAAAUUGCGGGGGAGUAACAGCUCAUGAAAAAGCAUAUUGGUCAAAAGGAACUCAAAAAGACUUGCCAGAAGUGUCGAAGCGAGGCGGUAGCGGCAAACCAUGUCGCUAUGGUUUUCAUUGUGCGCGUCCUGGCUGUAGAUUCAAACACCACACUGAUAGACCGUCACCAACGCCCGCGACUUCGUCUAAGAGUCCACACGAGUCCCACUGUGUUUUACCACUACAGUUGCUGAUUAGGCUGCAGUCUGAUGGUGACGUCAUCAUUAACGACAGGGUUGAUCAAUCGCCGCCCGAACCUCACACACCCAACCACAGGCCAGACAAACACAAAAAAAAGCAAGUAACGACGCAAUCCGAAGAGGAAUAUACGUUAUUUGCAGCAGUCAUCUGCGUUGAAGAUAAUCCCAAGAACUUGGUUGCGUAUAUACACACGGGGAGGGAUGUCGAAUCGCAGUGGCAUAUGUUCAAUGAUUUGAGUAUUGUACCAGUAAGCGUGGAUGAAGUAUUACAGUUCAGUGCUUGGUGGAAGAGUCCCUGCGUGCUGUUCUACACGACUGCGAGCGUGAUGCAAGUCUCCAACGAGCCGAGCUCAUAGCCCAUAGCGUAUGGACCUUAUAGUGACGGAAUAACUAUGGGCCCAUACGAAUUUACUACUUUUACUUCCACCGGAAUUUACUACUCGAUGCCGACCGACGAACACUACGAAUAUAUCCAUUGAAUUCCAUAGUUUCAGUUUUAUAAAUCCUUCCCAAAAGAACUGAAUGAUAAUAUAUUUAUUUAUAAAUGAACUGAAAAAACAUUUUAAUUGUGAUAGAUAAGCUAGAAUUGUGUGUGACUUAAGAUUUAUGAGAAUAUGAGAUAAAGAAAAUACUAUUUUUGCUAAUAUACCACUCUAUUUUUAAAAGAAUUACUACUCCGUAAUUAAUAAAAUAUAAAAACGACAUAAAAAUUGUUACAAAAGAAUUAGCAACUGAAUAGACUUAUUUAGUAUUUAUAAUUGGAGGGUCUGAAUGUAUUAGGCACUUAAUAAAUAAAACAGAAUUAAUUUUCAGAAUGCAAUUCACGAAUUCAAUAUACAGUAAUCAGUCGGUCAUCAAUUGUUAGACGAGAUAGUCAUCAAUAUGUUACAAAUAGUUUCGAUUCUAUUUCAGCAUUUUGAUGUAUUAAAUUCAAAACAAAUGAUAAAUUAUACAUUCUUAAUCAAACAGAACCUUUUAUUACUAAUAAUAACAUAAUAUUGAUUUC